AUGGCUGGAGACCUGACCUCUGGUGAGACGGACCAGCGUGGAUACUCGCAUGAUAACCUGCGCCAUGUGGUUAUCACAGCUACGUGCUUUGCCUUGAUCAUUUCGACCAUUGCAGUGGUUCUGCGAUUGGCGUGUAGGAAAAUCACCAAGACGAAGCUUUUCCUCGACGACUAUCUGAUGAUUGCAGCUUUGAUUUUCGAAUACGGAAUCUCCUUUGCCGGUGUAGUCCUUCUGUACAACGGCCUCGGAACACACAUCCAGCUCGUCCCACCCAACGAACUAGUCGUCUACAUGAAAACCCUCUCCAGCGGCAGCUUCCUCUACACCGCAUGCAUCACCUGCGUUAAACUCUCCAUCCUCGCCUUCUACAAGCGCCUCUUUCCCAUAAAACCCAUGGUUCUAGCCGUCAACAUCGUCGGAGCCACCGUCCUCCUCUGGUGUUUCGGAGUCUGUCUCAUAGGCGCUGUAACAUGUAUUCCCUUCCGCAAGCUGUGGGAGCCGACUAUUCCUGGUGGAUGUAUCGAUCUAGCAAAGUUUUACUACGGCCUGCAGAUUCCGAAUAUUCUCACUGAUGCUGUUAUCCUGGUUAUGCCGUUGAGGGUUGUGUGGGAUUUGCAGAUGAAGAGGGUGCAGAAGGUUCUUUUGACGGGGAUUUUCAUGUUGGGGGUUCUCACCUUGAUAUUCGACAUAAUCCGUCUCGUUGCCCUAGUCGAGCUAUCUGAAUCCGGAACAGAUAUCACCUACAACCAAGUCAACGCCAGCGUAUGGACCUGCAUCGAGCCGUGUGUCGGUAUUACAGCGGCCUGUCUGUCGAAUAUGCGUCCGCUGUUUAACAUGCUGCCUGAUGUUCCGUGGAGAAAGCUCUCGUUUCUCUCCCUUACUUCUGGCCGGCAUAGAUCUGGACCUGGAAAGGGGUUCUCCAUGGACGAGGGGAAGACCAACAGUCAGAGGAAGGAUGAGGAUCAUUCUACAAGCGCUGUUGAGCUUUCGGGUCAGGAUAGUCCGCUUGGUGGGAGUACCCUUGGUGGGAGUAUGGGGAGUUCGUCCAGGUCGGUGCGUGGUGAGUGCUAA